AUGUCUACAUUUAAUACUGUUAUGAUGGCAUACAAGGCAACACGGCCCUACGUCCGUGAGACACCCAUCCUCUUGAGCAAUUCAAUGCGCCAAAGUUCAGGACACGAGGAGGUUGUGUUAAAAUGCGAGAAUCUGCAGCGUACGGGAAGCUACACCAUUCGUGGGGGAAUGAACUAUGUGAUUCGCAGUAAACAGGGGGACCUUGGUAUCAAUCACUUUGUGGCACAGAGCACAGGCAACCUUGGGCUUGCUGUCGCUCUUUCCGCCAGCUUAUUUUCUGCCAAGGGGCAUAUUGUGAUUCCCGAGCGCACAAAUGAGGUUACUGCGAAGGCUAUUGCACAUUAUGAUGGUAAGGCCUAUCGCUGUGGCGCCUCACGGAAAGAGCAGAUGAAGCUCGUACAAGCGCUUGUAAGUGAAAAUAAUAACACCAGCCAAAGGAAUGGUGUAAACAGCUGUGUCUUUGUACACCCACAAGAUGAGUGGCUUGUUGCGGGCCAUGGAACGGUGGGGGUGGAGCUUAUGCUGCAGACGGAUGGACGCUUAGAUUUGGUGGUGGUGCCGGCGAUGGGAGGCGCCCUGUUGGCGGGUGUAGCCCUCGCUGUGAAAGGUAUGAAGCCGAACAUAGCCGUCUACGCUGCAGAAUGUGAAACACCAGAUCCCGAGUGUGAGUUCGAGAACGGGCCUGUCAUUGCUGUCAACAAGAAGGGAUCCACCGAUGUAAAGGACAGCAAGAAGGAAGAAAAUGACGCUGGUGGUGUGGCGCAGAAAAUUCUCGUGCCAUUAAACGAAUUAGUCGCGCAAUGUAUCAAUCGCCACGUGGACGGUGUGAUAAAAGUCACGGAAGAGCAAAAACGUCACGCCUUUCGCUUUGUUUAUGAACGCUGCAAGCUGGUGAUUGACGACAAUGCCGCGACGGCCGUGGCUGCCGUUUUGACGCGUCCGGAGGCAUUGUCGCGUUACAGGCGCGUUGGCAUUGUACUGACAGGCGGUAACGUUGACCUGGAUGCCAUUCCGCGACUGGCGCGGCUGUGA